CUCUGCAGGGUAAGUUUGGCAUGCCGAAAGUUGCUACCUAUAUUCGGCCACGUGCUAUUAAAUAUUCCCCGUUAAAAAUAUUUUCUAACUAAAAGAACAUUACACUCAACUAUAGAUACUUGGAGGUGUAAAAUAAUCCGUUAGUUUGACUCACUGUGUAUUUUUUAAUCGAGGUUUUGUAGUUGAGUCGGAGUUGCCGGCGUGCACCCUGCUGUAAUCCGACGAGCCAAAAGAAGUGGACAGGAUGGACGAACAGUAGUUGUUCAGAAAGGACGGGGGAGUGGAGGGGACUUUUAGAAGUUUAUAUCCUGCAUGGCGGAACUAUUACACGAUAUAAAGAGAUAGUGACCACUAUAUGAAACUGUAGAGACCUAUUCGUUUACGGUUUAGUUAGCAGUGAAAAGCUAGUUUAUGUUUUACCAUUUUUUUUAAUGUACUUGCUCAGUUGGUACGCACCAACAUUCAAAACAACAACAACCACAAUGCACUGCGCUUAGGGUGUGUCGUAAAACUUGGUCCGGUAAGAAAAGAGGAGAGGAAAGUUUUUUUUUUAGCAAACAACAAAACACGUCUUUCAAGUAGCUCGCUGUUUGUAAGAACAUCUGAUUUAGGUUUGGCCAUUGGUUUUCGUUCUACAUGGGACUGUGAAAUCCGUAGAGUUUAUCUGCCACAUAACUCACCGUUGACAGAUAGCUAGAUGGUAACAUAGAUGGUAAAAACACAGAACUUAGAUACGGCAGAGAUGGUAUCAAUCAACCCAGUGGACUCUGAUCCGGUACUCGGGAUCAACGUUGUGGUGAAGGAUGAAGACGGAGAGGUAGUGGAUUAUUUAGCGGAACCAAGGCUGUCCUGGUGUGUGAAAGAGGAACAAGAGGAGGUACCGUGUCACCUAGAAGAACACAGGUCUCUGUGUUCCAGAGUCUCUGUGUUCCGGUCAGAUCAUCACUACCACCACCUAGUCCUGUUCUGCUGGGACUACACACCUCUACAGGGAGAUGGAUGCUGAAGGAGUCAACAUGGAGAGGUUUCCUACAGGGAACCUGUAUAGCACUGUAGAGGAAGGAUUGAGACCUACUACUCCCGGCAACGGAACCAAUGUCACCACUGAUUUCUACGGCAGCGCCGACUAUGACGAGGAGUACGGGGAUGAACGCUGCUCCAAGACAGACGUGGUCAGAUUCGGAGCCCUCGUCACACCCAUGGUCCUCUCCGUGGUCAUUGUGCUAAGCCUUGUGGGUAACCUGCUGGUGCUGGUGAUUCUGGCCAGGUACGAGCAUCUUCGGUCACUGACAAAUGCGUUCAUGAUGAACCUGGCGUUGUCUGACCUGGUGUUCACCUGCGGCCUCCCCUUCUGGGUCUCCUAUCACCUGAUUGGCUGGAGCUACGGUGACCUCACGUGUAAGGCGGUUAGCUUCCUGUUCUAUGCUGGCUACUACAGCAGUGGCAUCUUCCUCAUCCUCAUGACACUGCAUCGUUACCUGGCCGUGCUCCACCCCCUGUCUUACCUGGUGUCAGGCCCCCACUCUCAGGGCACAUGGAGCGCUGUCGUAUCAUUGGUCGUCUGGACCGUCAGUCUGUUAGCUGCUAUGCCAGCUCUCAUCUUUACCAAGUUCAUCAUCACUGAUUCUACUGACCUUAAAGACCCUCUGGACCCUAACAACCCUGAUGGGCCGAGUGACUCUAACGCCCCUAGUGGUGAACAACGGUACUGUGAGGUUGCAGAUGUCAGCUGGAGGCUGUGGGGGGUCUACCAGCAGAACAUCCUGUUCAUAGUGACAUUAUUAGUGGUGUGUGUCUGUUACUGUCAGAUUCUAGUCCGCCUCCUGAGACCCAGGGUUAGGGUUAGACGCCAGAGGAGCGGAGGAGACAGGAGGAGCCACAGGACCGCCAGGCUGGUCUUCGGCCUGGUCCUGGUUUUCUUUGUGGGCUGGGCGCCGUACAACGUGGUCAUCUUCCUCAGGACGCUGGUGUAUAGGAGUCAAGAUGGUGGCGGUGCUGAUUCAUCCACAACACUAUGGGACGAGUGUGGCACCAGCACCACGUUGGACUACUCCUUCUAUGUGACCAGGCUGCUGGCGUUCUCCUACUGCUGUCUCAACCCGUUGUUCUACGUGUUCGUUGGGGUCAAGUUCCGGAACCACCUGGAGAGAAUGUUGAAGGGUUGUUGUCAUAGUGUUACCGUUGUCAAUAACAACAACAACAGCAGUGUUCUGUACAGGAGCAGCAGACUGACAUCACAGUCCAGUGGGGAGGAGUUCUCACUUUAAAUAACAACAC